ACGGUGAGCAUUCUCCACUCGAUUGCACUGCACUACCUCCUCACAAGUUUGUUUUAAAAUGGCGGCGGAAGCUCGGAGACAGGUAUGAAAUAUUUACGAUACCGGAUAAACUCGUAAAAAAAAAAAAAAAGAAAAGAUGUGCCCGGUCGCACAAGUCGAUAGACGCCAGGGAAGAACCCCCUCUGCCGUGUUGGUGCCGCGGGACGGAACGAGGGAAAAUGUCCGUCGUGUUUGAACUUUAAGUUGGUUCCUUGUGAGGAGGAAGCGGGCGUCAGCGGCCAGUGCGCCCGGCGAGCGAGUCCGGUUUGUCCGCGGUGUUGGUGUUCACCGGCCAUUGAAUGUGUGUGUGGUUCGUCUGUCCGUCCAUCGAGCUGACUGACGCUGUGUGUGUCCACCGAGCAGCGUUAGAGGAGAAGGAGAAGGAGAAGGAGGAGGUGAUGGUGCAGCAGCAGCGGUAGUCACAGCAUCACCAUGGAGCGUGCACCUGCCACCCACCUGUAGCAUCCACCCCCCCCCCUACCCACCCCCGGCCCCGGGCGGCAUGGCGAACACGACCGGCCAGGAGCUGAGGGACAGCCGCUGCGGUGUGUCUGGAGAAGCCAUAGCGGAGAAUGGCUCUGUGGUCAAAGAUCAGACUGCCCCUGACCCCCACGAUCACACCAACCAUCACUGUCAUGAAGCCAGCACGACCCCACACAGCAUACCCGUCCUGCCCAGUUACAAGCCAUCCUGCUCCUCUACCCCCACCUACUACAGCAGCCCCCAGAAAAGCUACUCAGACCUGGACCAGGACAGCCACAGUUUGACUUCCCAGGACUCAGGUAUACCCACUCUCGAGAUAAACCCUCCUGAGCCCAUCCUUCAUGGCCACCAACGCCCAGGCGAUGCAGGCCUCAUCCUGGAUGCCAGUCAUGAUUCCCCCGCCACUUUACCUUUGAAUGAUGAUCACUCUAUCGACAACACCAUCCGCAAAUCCUCCACCUUUCCUCGCAGCGGAUAUGACUCUAUCCGCCUCUUCAGCCCCACCCUCAGAUUAUCAACCACCACGGGUAUGGGUGUCGAUGACAUCUCUGUGUGCAGCGUGUCCAGCAUGAGCACCGAACUGUCGGUCUCCAACGAAGACAUCUUGGAUUUCACCGUCACGUCUGACUCCAGUGCCAUUGUCACCUUGGAGACGGACGACAGCGGCACCGCUCACUUCUCAGAUGUCACGCUGUCGUCCUCUCCAGGGGACUCCAGAGACUUAUGGAGUCCUGUGCGACCCUACCCGGGGUCAGGUGUCCUGCAGCAGGAAGAUGAUGUCAGGAAAAAUAAACUGGGACCUCUUGCAAGCUUAUUCAACAGGAGCCUGUUUGCCAGGAGGGUUAAGGACAGUCGGCCAGUGGAGCAGAGGGAUCCAGGGUGGAAGCUUUUCGGGAAAGUCCCCCCACGGGAAGGCCCCAUCAAGGAUCCUAAGAAAAUACAAAAGGAAUAUGAAACGAAGAGUGGCAGAGCUGGAUCCGGCAACCCAACGUCCCCCAGGCAGAGUGUGAGGAAAAACCUGGACUUUGAGCCACUCUCCACUACUGCACUUAUACUGGAGGACAGACCUGCGAACCUGCCUGCCAAGCCAGCUGAGGAGGCUCAGAAACACAGACAGCAGUAUGAGGAGAUGGUGGCCCAGGCCAAGAAGAGAGAGCUGAAGGAGGCUCAGAAGAGGAAGAAGCAGCUGGAGGAUCGGUGUAAGCUUGAGGAGAGCAUUGGCACAGCCGCCCAGGCCUGGAACCAGGAGAUUUUGCCUAACUGGAGUGCAAUGUGUACAUCUCGACGAGUGAGAGACCUCUGGUGGCAAGGCAUCCCCCCCAGUGUCAGAGGCAAAGUGUGGAGCCUGGCUGUGGGCAACGAUCUCAACGUAACACACGAGCUGUACAACAUCUGUCUGUCCCGGGCGAAAGAGAAGUGGACCACGCCAGCACCUGCCGCCGAGAUCGAAACUGAUGAUGCUGGUUCUUUAGACAGGGAGUCGAGCCUGGAGCUGAUCAAGCUGGACAUCUCGAGAACCUUCCCCCAACUGUGCAUCUUCCAGCAGGGCGGGCCCUAUCACGAUGUGUUGCACAGCAUUCUGGGAGCAUACACUUGUUACCGGCCAGACGUUGGCUACGUGCAGGGAAUGUCAUUCAUUGCAGCAGUGCUCAUCCUGAACCUGGACACAGCCGAUGCCUUUAUAGCUUUUGCCAACCUGCUCAACAAACCGUGUCAGAUGGCCUUCUUCAGAGUCGACCACAGCCUUAUGUUGACAUACUUUGCGGCAUUUGAAGUGUUCUUUGAAGAAAACCUACCAAAGCUCUUUGCACAUUUCAAGAAAAACAACUUGACCCCCGAUAUUUAUUUAAUCGACUGGAUCUUCACUCUGUACAGUAAGUCGCUGCCGUUGGAUCUGGCAUGUCGGGUUUGGGACGUGUUCUGCAGAGACAGCGAGGAGUUCCUAUUCCGCACGGCGCUCGGCCUGCUGCGUCUCUACCAGGACGUCCUGACCUGCAUGGACUUCAUCCACAUGGCUCAGUUCCUCACCCGCCUGCCGGACUUCCUACCGGCCGAGCAGCUCUUCCAGCACAUCGCUGCUGUGCACAUGACCAGCCGCAACAGGAAAUGGUCACAGGUCCUACAGGCUUUACAGAAAGAUCUGGAGCGAGGCAGCCCGGUUCUGAAGCGCUGAGCCGAGAUCAGGAGGUCUCACCUACGAACUCCAGUUCCCCUCCAGACUCUUACUAGGGACCUGAGAGAGACCGGAGGGGUCUGUCAGUGAUGAGGCAGGCAUGUGAAAAGGAAAAUGAGGCCUUAUUUAACUCCCACCACCCCUCCUCUGCUCUGAGGCCCAGCAGUGGACUGUAAACUGUAGCUGGCAGACGCUGAAGAAUGUACCACACACUCCCACAUACAUGUCCCCAGCCGACUGACUCACGUCCAGGGGAAACGACCAGUGACAACUCAAAUCCUCUACUUAUUCUUUAAGUAUGUUUCCACCAACGGUUCCACUUGUCUAUUCCUUUUUUUUUUUUGUUCAGAGUAUCAGAUCUUUGAAUGUCACAAUGUGUCGAUCUCUUUGUGUUUCUUCUUUGGGCUCAGUUUGCUUUUCAUUUGUUUUCCGUCAUCAUCAUUGAACAUUUUAUUUCCUGAAUCAUUCCAUGAAAUCAUCUCUUCACGUUUGGUGAAGAGAUGAAAUGUGUUCAGCCUCUAAAAGAGGCGAUAAGCUGCCUGUAAAAUGACUUUUACAGUAAAAUUAUAAAAAAUACUGGAAGUGGAGUAAAUAAUGAGAUUAUGUGUUACUGUGAGAGACACACAAAUUCCUGUAUCAGAUUUGGAUUGGCCCUUCCCCUGAAUAUGUUUGAGACACAUUUCAUCUUGUUAGUGUUUGUCUUGGUGUGAGUGUUGAUGUCUUGUGCGCUUAUUUAAUAUUUAUCUAACGGAUGACCGGACUUGUUCCAGUGAAAUGAAGGGUUGUUGAUGAACCUCUACCUCACACAAAUGUGAUGGAGCGUAUAUAGAUCUGUGAUUUUAACAACUCCAACGCAUGAGCAAGAGGUCAUGACUUGAGCACCAUCGUCCAUGAGCGGAUUCGUGCACUUUGAGGAAUAAAACGUCCACUAGGGGGCCGUUUUUGGGUUGAAUUACCUCUGUUAUUAUUUUGUUAAUGUGGAGGUCAUGGCAGCAGUUGUGACAUCGCUUUAAAACUUCCUGUCCUCAUGUCCCAAUCUAUACUGCCCCCAUUGGUCAUGCUAUGAAUUGCAUGUUCUGGACAAGUUGCGUAUGAUGCACACAAGAACCAUGGAGAUUGAAAAUUCUGGAUUCAUGGGCUGCAACUUUUUACCACAUAUUUGUUGUCAUUUUGACAAAUUGGCACUAUAGAAAUAUACAGACGCUGCUAGCAUUUCCUGUUUGCAGUGUAUCCAUAGAUUUACAGACGACUAUCACUGGAUGAGUUUAAUACUAAGGAAAAGUUCAAAGGUUCUGGAUAUAUAAGAAGCAGCUUCUUUUCCCCUGUGACUUGAAAAAUCAAAGAUGAUGACGUUGAGGAUGUGUCAGUCAUUAAAAACGUAGAAAAUAUGUUCAGACACGACUGAGACGAGACGCAAAUUGUAUUUUGAAGCACCUUAAUGUCCUCCGUGUGCCGUGUCGCGUUCACUGCUGCUUGCGCCACCUGUUGAUCGCAUUGAUGAACUACAGUAACUACACUGGCUUGCGCUUCACUUUCACCUGUCCUCACACGUUAUCUUUUGACUCA